CUCAACCAGGAAAUUCCCCGUUAUCGACUUUUUAAAAACCUAAAGUAUCAGUCUCCAAUUAAUUUGUCUGAAGAGGUUACAACUAUCCAAAUGGCUCAGCUGGAAGUCCUGUUUGACAAGGAUCAGUUCCUUUGUUCUGUCUGUCUGGAUCUACUGAAGGAGCCAGUGGGUAUCCCCUGUGGACACAGUUAAUGUCUGAGCUGUAUCGAAAGCAUUUGGGAUCAGGAUGAACAACAGGGAAUCUAUAACUGUCCACAGUGCAGAGAGACAUUUACUGCCAGGCCUACUCUGAGGAAAAACACCAUGUUGGCUGAGGUGGUGGAGAAAGUGAAGAAGACACAAUUCCAGCAUGCUCCUUCUCCUCUGUGCUAUGCUGGACCUGGAGAUGUGGGCUGUGAUUUCUGCACCGGGACCAGAAAGCCAAAAGCCCUGAUGUUCUGUGUAGUUUGUCUGGCUUCUUUCUGUCAGACUCACCUCCAGCCUCACUAUGAAUCUGCUGCCUUUGAGAAGCACCAACUGGUCAGAGCUUCUGCACAACUUCAGGAGAAUAUCUGCACUUGUCAUGACAGACUGUUGGAUGUUUUCUGUCGCACCGAUCAGCAGUGUAUCUGUUACCUGUGUACCAUGGAUGAUCAUAAAGGCCAUGACACUGUGUCAGCAGCAGCUGAGAGGACUGAGAAACAGAGGCAGGUUGGGAUGAGUCACCAGGAGGUUCAGCAGAGAGUCCUGGAGAGGGAGAAGAAUGUCAGGGAGAUCCAAGAGGCUGUGGAGUCUCUCAAGCGCUCUUCACUGGCAGAGGUGGAAAACAGUGAGUGGGCUUUCACUGAGAUGAUCUGCUCAAUGGAGAGAAGAAGCUCUGAGAUGAAGGAGAUGAUCAGAGCCCAGGUGAAGGCUGAAGUGAGUUGGGCUGAAGAACACCAGGAGCGACUGGAGCAAGAGAUCUCAGAGCUGAGGAGGAGAGGAGCUGACCUGAAGAAUCUGUCACACACGGAGGAUCACAUCGCUUUUCUCAGAAAUUAUCUGUCACUCUCCAGGCCUGAUGCAUCUUCAGACGUUCCCAACUUCACUGUCCGUCCUCUACAGUACUUCAGAGACGUGAGAAAUACUUUGUUAGAGCUGACAGAGAAACUGGAAGACUUCCUUAAAAUAGAAUGGACCUUGAUCUACACUGCAGUGAAAGACAUUGAGGUUUUCCUUCAUCCAGAUCCCAAGACCAGAGAACAGUUCCUACAAUAUUCCUGUCAACUCACACUGGACCCAAACACAGUAAACAAAUACCUCUUUCUGUCUGACGGCAACAGAAAGGUGACCGCUACAGAUCAAAUCCAUCAUUAUCCUGAACAUCUUGAUAGAUUUGUUGACUGGCCACAGGCGUUGUGUAGAGAGGGUCUGACUAGACAAUGCUACUGGGAGGUAGAGUGGAGUGGUGAUAUUGUUUGUGCAGCAGUCUCAUACAAAGACAUUAACAGAACCAGUGUGGAUUAUGAUUGUGGGUUUGGACACAAUGACAAGUCCUGGAGGUUAGUGUGUUCUGAUAAUAAAUACUGGUUCAGACACAACAGUGUAAAAACUGAAGUACAAGGCCCUCAGUCCUCCAGGGUAGGAGUUUAUCUGGAUCACAAGGCAGGUACUCUGUCCUUCUACAGCGUCUCCUCUGAUAUAAUGACCCUCCUCCACAGAGUCCAGACCAUGUUCACUCAGCCUCUCUAUCCUGGCUUUUAUGUGUGGUAUGGGAGUGCAGAGCUGGGUCAACUAGAAGUCCCCUAUAGUUGAUUUGGGUUAUGCUUUUCUUUCUUUUAGGACGGGAUUCAGUGGGAUGUUUUGUAGGACUGACAGAUUAGAGAACAUUUUGAAAAUGAUCUUUAAAAUACCACAUUCUGAACAACGAUCUUCAAUGCACUGAUCAAAAUAGAGCCUGACCUAAUUAUGACCUGAUUAUGUAGUAUGCAACUGGUUAAAAGAAGUUGUAUGUAGUGACGGUAUUUUCUGAUUUUAAUUAAUCAGAAAGAAGUAAAGAAGAGCAAGAAAGACCACGUAUCCACUCAGUCGUGUUUUGGGUCAUGUCUAAUAGCUGAAUAAAGUUUUUAUGUGGGGUAUUCAUUCUUGGUUCGGGGUUCAAUAGCGAGUUGUUAUGGUCAUUUUUUACUCACAGAGGAGUGUUAAAAAUAGGAGAGCUGAAUCAGCAGUUACAGGGCAUCAUGGGGCAUCACAGGGGCACCACCGGG